CCCGUCGCCCCCCAGGGCAGGUGGGAUCGGGACGUGCUCCGGCUUUGGGACCCCCCUGGAUGUGUCUCCUGGAGCCCCCCCUUGUCCCAGCGUGCCCCAUGGGUGACCCCUUUCCCGGCAAUGGGUGUCGUCACCUCCGGUUCCACCCCUCCCUUGGGGACCAAAGGUCCUCCCGGUGCUGAUCCGUGUCCCAUUCCCACCUCACCCGCGGCCAGGGCUGGAACCCGGAGCCCACGUCCCCCCAUUCCCAGCGCUCCGUAGGGAUGCGAGGUCGCCUGGUGGGUGCUGGGGUCUUAGUGUACGUCUGCUUCCUGCUGCUCCUCAAAGGUGAUGGUGGCCAGCAGGACCCAUGGGACACAGGCCAAGCACAGGGGCAGAGCACGGAACGGAUCGGGAAUGCCAACGAGGAGGUGCCGACUGACCAGGGUGAAGGACCUAAAGAGGUUCCCAGCAGCAGGAACACAAAGGUCCUGGUGCAGGAGGUGGGAAAGAAGCGGAUCAGGAGAGGGGCUGUGACAGGACCAGAGGGUGAGAGCAGGGCAGGAGGAAUUGCCACCACUGGGACAGGGAGGGAGACGGAGGGACCCAGGAGCACCUUCACGUCGGGAUCAGAAGAGGUGUCGCAAACAGGAGACACUUGGGGAUCCGGAGACAUUUCAGGAUCAGGAGACUAUUCGGGAUCAGGAGACUUUUCAGGAUCCGGAGAGUCUUCGGGAUCAGGAGAAAUUUCAGGAUCCGGAGACAUUUCAGGAUCAGGAGACACAUCAGGAUCAGGAGACUUUUCAGGAUCAGGAGACAUUUCGGGAUCCGGAGACUUGUCAGGAUCCGGAGACACGUCAGGAUCAGGAGAUGCUUCCGGAUCCGGAGACAUUUCGGGAUCAGGAGAAAUUUCGGGAUCUGGAGACUACUCAGGAUCAGGACACGCGUCGGGAUCAGGAGACAUUUCGGGAUCCGGAGACUUGUCGGGAUCUGGAGACUCUUCGGGAUCAGGAGACAUUUCGGGAUCUGGAGACAUUUCGGGAUCCGGAGACUUGUCGGAAUCAGGAGACGCUUCGGGAUCAGGAGACAUUUCGGGAUCAGGAGACAUGUCAGGAUCUGGAGACUCUUCAGGAUCCGGAGAUUCUUCCGAAUCAGGAGACAUUUCGGGAUCAGGAGACAAUUCGGGAUCUGCAGACUAUUCAGGAUCAGGAGAGACGUCGGGAUCCGGAGACUCUUCGGGAUCCGGAGACUCUUCGGGAUCUGGAGACUAUUCAGGAUCCGGAGACAUGUCGGGAUCUGGAGACGUUUCAGGAUCCGGAGACAUUUCGGGAUCUGGAGAUUUGUCGGGAUCAGGAGACGCUUCAGGAUCUGGAGACUCAUCAGGAUCCGGAGAGUCUUCGGGAUCAGGAGACAUUUCGGGAUCUGGAGACUCUUCGGGAUCUGGAGAUGCUUCCGGAUCAGGAGACAUUUCGGGAUCUGGAGACUAUUCGGGAUCAGGAGACUUGUCGGGAUCCGGAGACUCUUCAGGAUCUGGGGACUCAUCAGGAUCCGGAGAGUCUUCAGGAUCUGGUGACAUUUCGGGAUCAGGAGACAAUUCGGCAUCUGGAGACUAUUCAGGAUCGGGAGAGACGUCGGGAUCCGGAGAGUCUUCGGGAUCAGGAGACAUUUCAGGAUCCGGAGACAUUUCGGGAUCAGGAGACUCUUCGGGAUCUGGAGAUUCUUCGGGAUCAGGAGACUUGUCGGGAUCCGGAGACACGUCAGGAUCUGGUGACAAUUCAGGAUCGGGAGAGACAUCGGGAUCAGGAGACUUGUCAGGAUCAGGAGACUCAUCAGGAUCAGGAGACACGUCGGCAUCUGGAGACUAUUCAGGAUCAGGAGACUCUUCGGGAUCGGGAGACUCGUCUGCAUCCGGAGAGUCUUCAGGAUCUGGUGACAUUUCGGGAUCUGGAGACUCUUCGGGAUCCGGAGACUCUUCGGGAUCAGGAGAUGCUUCCGGAUCAGGAGACAUUUCGGGAUCUGGAGACUAUUCAGGAUCAGGAGACACGUCAGGAUCUGGAGAGACAUCAGGAUCUGGAGUUGUUUCAGGAUCCGGAGACGUUUCAGGAUCCGGAGACAUUUCGGGAUCCGGAGAUUUGUCGGGAUCAGGAGACGCUUCGGGAUCUGGAGACUCAUCAGGAUCCGGAGUGUCUUCGGGAUCAGGAGAAAUUUCGGGAUCUGGAGACUCAUCGGAAUCAGGAGAUGCUUCGGGAUCAGGAGACAUUUCAGGAUCUGGAGACAUUUCGGGAUCCGGAGAGUCUUCGGGAUCAGGAGACAUUUCGGGAUCAGGAGACUCGUCAGGAUCUGGAGACUCUUCGGGAUCGGGAGACUCAUCAGGAUCCGGAGAGUCUUCGGGAUCAGGAGACAUUUCGGGAUCCGGAGACUCUUCGGGAUCAGGAGACACGUCAGGAUCUGGUGACAAUUCAGGAUCAGGAGACACGUCGGGAUCAGGAGACUCUUCAGGAUCAGGAGACUUGUCGGCAUCUGGAGACUAUUCAGGAUCAGGAGACUCUUCAGGAUCGGGAGACUUGUCUGCAUCCGGAGAGUCUUCAGGAUCUGGUGACAUUUCAGGAUCUGGAGACUCUUCGGGAUCAGGAGAUGCUUCCGGAUCAGGAGAUGCUUCUGGAUCAGGAGACAUUUCGGGAUCUGGAGACUCUUCAGGAUCAGGAGAUGCGUCAGGAUCUGGAGAUGUUUCAGGAUCCGGAGACAUUUCAGGAUCCGGAGACAUUUCGGGAUCUGGAGACUUGUCGGGAUCAGGAGACGCUUCGGGAUCUGGAGACUCAUCAGGAUCGGGAGAAUCUUCGGGAUCCGGAGAAAUUUCGGGAUCUGGAGACUCAUCGGAAUCAGGAGAUGCUUCGGGAUCAGGAGACAUUUCAGGUUCAGGAGACACAUCAGGAUCAGGAGAGUCUUCGGGAUCUGGAGAUUCUUCCGAAUCUGGAGACAUUUCGGGAUCAGGAGACUCGUCAGGAUCUGGAGAGUCUUCAGGAUCUGGAGACAUUUCGGGAUCAGGAGACAAUUCGGGAUCUGCAGACUAUUCAGGAUCAGGAGAGACGUCGGGAUCCGGAGAGUCUUCGGGAUCAGGAGACACGUCGGGAUCUGGAGAUUUGUCUGGAUCAGGAGACAUUUCGGGAUCCGGAGAUUUGUCGGGAUCAGGAGACGCUUCGGGAUCUGGAGACUCAUCAGGAUCCGGAGUGUCUUCGGGAUCAGGAGAAAUUUCGGGAUCUGGUGACAUUUCGGGAUCCGGAGACUCUUCGGGAUCCGGAGACACGUCGGGAUCUGGAGAUGUUUCAGGAUCCGGAGACGUUUCAGGAUCCGGAGACUCUUCGGGAUCCGGAGACGCUUCCGGAUCAGGAGACACCUCGGGAUCUGGUGACAAUUCAGGAUCGGGAGAGACGUCGGCAUCCGGAGACUCUUCAGGAUCAGGAGAUGCGUCAGGAUCUGGAGAGACAUCAGGAUCUGGAGACGUUUCAGGAUCCGGAGACAUUUCGGGAUCCGGAGAUUCGUCGGGAUCAGGAGACGCUUCGGGAUCUGGAGACUCAUCAGGAUCCGGAGAAUCUUCGGGAUCAGGAGAAAUUUCGGGAUCUGGAGACUCUUCAGGAUCAGGAGACAUUUCGGGAUCCGGAGACUCAUCAGAAUCAGGAGAUGCUUCGGGAUCAGGAGACAUUUCAGGAUCUGGAGACAUUUCGGGAUCCGGAGACUUGUCGGGAUCAGGAGACACAUCAGGAUCUGGAGACUCUUCGGGAUCAGGAGACUUGUCGGGAUCAGGAGACACAUCAGGAUCCGGAGACUCUUCAGGAUCGGGAGACUCGUCAGCAUCUGGAGAGUCUUCAGGAUCUGGUGACAUUUCGGGAUCCGGAGACUCUUCAGGAUCUGGAGACUCUUCGGGAUCUGGAGAUGUUUCUGGAUCAGGAGACAUUUCGGGAUCUGGAGACUAUUCAGGAUCAGGAGACACGUCAGGAUCUGGAGAGACAUCAGGAUCUGGAGAUGUUUCAGGAUCAGGAGACGUUUCAGGAUCCGGAGACAUUUCGGGAUCCGGAGAUUUGUCAGGAUCAGGAGACGCUUCGGGAUCUGGAGACUCAUCCGGAUCUGGAGAAUCUUCGGGAUCCGGAGACUCAUCCGGAUCCGGAGAGUCUUCGGCAUCAGGAGACAUUUCAGGAUCUGGAGACUAUUCUGGAUCAGGAGACACGUCAGGAUCUGGUGACAUUUCGGGAUCCGGAGACUCUUCGGGAUCUGGAGACACGUCGGGAUCUGGAGACUUGUCAGGAUCAGGAGACAUUUCGGGAUCCGGAGACGCUUCUGGAUCAGGAGAGACGUCGGGAUCCGGAGACACAUCUGGAUCGGGAGACUCGUCAGGAUCUGGAGAGUCUUCAGGAUCUGGUGACAUUUCAGGAUCAGGAGAAAUUUCGGGAUCAGGAGACUCAUCGGGAUCUGGAGACUCUUCAGGAUCCGGAGACACAUCAGGAUCAGGAGACAUUUCGGGAUCGGGAGAGUCUUCGGGAUCCGGAGAAUCUUCGGGAUCGGGAGACUCAUCGGGAUCAGGAGACACAUCAGGAUCCGGAGACUCAUCAGGAUCAGGAGAAAUUUCAGGAUCUGGAGACUCUUCGGGAUCCGGAGACAUUUCAGGAUCAGGAGACUUGUCGGGAUCUGGUGACAAUUCAGGAUCGGGAGAGACAUCGGGAUCAGGAGAUGCUUCUGGAUCAGGAGACAUUUCGGGAUCAGGAGAUUUUUCGGGAUCAGGUGACGCUUCGGGAUCUGGAGACUCAUCAGGAUCCGGAGAAUCUUCGGGAUCAGGAGAAAUUUCGGGAUCUGGAGACUCUUCAGGAUCAGGAGACAUUUCGGGAUCCGGAGACUUGUCGGGAUCCGGAGAGUCUUCGGGAUCAGGAGACACAUCAGGAUCUGGAGACUCUUCGGGAUCAGGAGACUCAUCAGGAUCCGGAGAGUCUUCAGGAUCUGGUGACAUUUCGGGAUCAGGAGACAAUUCGGCAUCUGGAGACUAUUCGGGAUCGGGAGAGACGUCGGGAUCUGGAGAGUCUUCGGGAUCAGGAGACUCGUCGGGAUCAGAAGACACAUCAGGAUCAGGAGACUCUUCGGGAUCGGGAGACACGUCGGGAUCUGGAGACACGUCAGGGUCCGGAGACGUUUCAGGAUCCGGAGACAUUUCGGGAUCUGGAGACUUGUCGGGAUCAGGAGACAUUUCGGGAUCUGGUGACAUUUCGGGAUCCGGAGACUCUUCGGGAUCCGGAGACACGUCGGGAUCUGGAGACGUUUCAGGAUCCGGAGACGUUUCAGGAUCCGGAGACUCUUCGGGAUCCGGAGACACGUCGGGAUCUGGAGACGUUUCAGGAUCCGGAGACUCUUCGGGAUCCGGAGACGCUUCCGGAUCAGGAGACACCUCGGGAUCUGGUGACAAUUCAGGAUCGGGAGAGACGUCGGCAUCCGGAGACUCUUCAGGAUCAGGAGAUGCGUCAGGAUCUGGAGAGACAUCAGGAUCUGGAGACGUUUCAGGAUCCGGAGACAUUUCGGGAUCCGGAGACUUGUCGGGAUCAGGAGACAAUUCGGGAUCAGGAGACAUUUCGGGAUCAGGAGACUCUUCGGGAUCCGGAGACUUGUCGGGAUCAGGAGACACAUCAGGAUCAGGAGACUCUUCAGGAUCGGGAGACUCGUCAGCAUCUGGAGAGUCUUCAGGAUCUGGUGACAUUUCGGGAUCCGGAGACUCUUCAGGAUCCGGAGACUCUUCGGGAUCUGGAGAUGUUUCUGGAUCAGGAGACAUUUCGGGAUCUGGAGACUAUUCAGGAUCAGGAGACACGUCAGGAUCUGGAGAGACAUCAGGAUCUGGAGAUGUUUCAGGAUCAGGAGACGUUUCAGGAUCCGGAGACAUUUCGGGAUCCGGAGAUUUGUCGGGAUCAGGAGACGCUUCGGGAUCUGGAGACUCAUCAGGAUCGGGAGAAUCUUCGGGAUCAGGAGACUCAUCCGGAUCCGGAGAGUCUUCGGGAUCAGGAGACAUUUCAGGAUCUGGAGACUAUUCUGGAUCAGGAGACACGUCAGGAUCUGGUGACAUUUCGGGAUCCGGAGACACGUCAGGAUCAGGAGAGACGUCGGGAUCCGGAGACUCUUCGGGAUCAGGAGACACGUCGGGAUCUGGAGACUUGUCAGGAUCAGGAGACAUUUCGGGAUCCGGAGACGCUUCUGGAUCAGGAGAGACGUCGGGAUCCGGAGACACAUCUGGAUCGGGAGACUCGUCAGGAUCUGGAGAGUCUUCAGGAUCUGGUGACAUUUCAGGAUCAGGAGAAAUUUCGGGAUCCGGAGACUCAUCGGGAUCUGGAGACUCUUCAGGAUCAGAAGACACAUCAGGAUCAGGAGACAUUUCGGGAUCGGGAGACUCUUCGGGAUCCGGAGAAUCUUCGGGAUCGGGAGACUCAUCGGGAUCAGGAGACACAUCAGGAUCCGGAGACUCAUCAGGAUCAGGAGAAAUUUCGGGAUCUGGAGACUCUUCGGGAUCCGGAGACAUUUCAGGAUCAGGAGACUUGUCGGGAUCUGGUGACAAUUCAGGAUCGGGAGAGACAUCGGGAUCAGGAGAUGCUUCUGGAUCAGGAGACAUUUCGGGAUCAGGAGACUCUUCAGGAUCAGGAGAUGCAUCAGGAUCUGGAGAGACAUCAGGAUCUGGAGACGUUUCAGGAUCCGGAGACGUUUCAGGAUCCGGAGACAUUUCGGGAUCCGGAGAUUUUUCGGGAUCAGGUGACGCUUCGGGAUCUGGAGACUCAUCAGGAUCCGGAGAAUCUUCGGGAUCAGGAGAAAUUUCGGGAUCUGGAGACUCUUCAGGAUCAGGAGACAUUUCGGGAUCCGGAGACUUGUCGGGAUCCGGAGAGUCUUCGGGAUCAGGAGACACAUCAGGAUCUGGAGACUCUUCGGGAUCAGGAGACUCAUCAGGAUCCGGAGAGUCUUCAGGAUCUGGUGACAUUUCGGGAUCAGGAGACAAUUCGGCAUCUGGAGACUAUUCGGGAUCGGGAGAGACGUCGGGAUCUGGAGAGUCUUCGGGAUCAGGAGACUUGUCGGGAUCAGAAGACACAUCAGGAUCAGGAGACUCUUCGGGAUCGGGAGACACGUCGGGAUCUGGAGACACGUCAGGGUCCGGAGACGUUUCAGGAUCCGGAGACAUUUCGGGAUCUGGAGACUUGUCGGGAUCAGGAGACAUUUCGGGAUCUGGCGACAUUUCGGGAUCCGGAGACUCUUCGGGAUCCGGAGACACGUCGGGAUCUGGAGACGUUUCAGGAUCCGGAGACGUUUCAGGAUCCGGAGACUCUUCGGGAUCUGGAGACACGUCGGGAUCUGGAGACGUUUCAGGAUCCGGAGACUCUUCGGGAUCCGGAGACGCUUCCGGAUCAGGAGACACCUCGGGAUCUGGUGACAAUUCAGGAUCGGGAGAGACGUCGGCAUCCGGAGACUCUUCAGGAUCAGGAGAUGCGUCAGGAUCUGGAGAGACAUCAGGAUCUGGAGACGUUUCAGGAUCCGGAGACAUUUCGGGAUCCGGAGAUUCGUCGGGAUCAGGAGACGCUUCGGGAUCUGGAGACAUUUCAGGAUCUGGAGACAUUUCAGGAUCCGGAGACUCUUCGGGAUCAGGAGACACGUCGGGAUCUGGAGACACGUCAGGGUCCGGAGACGUUUCAGGAUCCGGAGACAUUUCGGGAUCUGGAGACUUGUCGGGAUCAGGAGACAUUUCGGGAUCGGGAGACUUGUCGGGAUCAGGAGACAAUUCGGGAUCAGGAGACAUUUCGGGAUCAGGAGACUCUUCGGGAUCAGGAGACUUGUCGGGAUCAGGAGACACAUCAGGAUCAGGAGACUCUUCAGGAUCCGGAGACUCGUCAGCAUCUGGAGAGUCUUCAGGAUCUGGUGACAUUUCGGGAUCCGGAGACUCUUCAGGAUCUGGAGACUCUUCGGGAUCUGGAGAUGUUUCUGGAUCAGGAGACAUUUCGGGAUCUGGAGACUAUUCAGGAUCAGGAGACACGUCAGGAUCUGGUGACAUUUCGGGAUCCGGAGACACGUCAGGAUCAGGAGAGACGUCGGGAUCCGGAGACUCUUCGGGAUCAGGAGACACGUCGGGAUCUGGAGACUUGUCAGGAUCAGGAGACAUUUCGGGAUCCGGAGACGCUUCUGGAUCAGGAGAGACGUCGGGAUCCGGAGAGUCUUCGGGAUCAGGAGACUUGUCGGGAUCAGGAGACACAUCAGGAUCAGGAGACUCUUCGGGAUCGGGAGACACGUCGGGAUCUGGAGACACGUCAGGGUCCGGAGACGUUUCAGGAUCCGGAGACAUUUCGGGAUCCGGAGACUCAUCAGAAUCAGGAGACAAUUCGGGAUCAGGAGACAUUUCGGGAUCUGGAGACUUGUCAGGAUCAGGAGAAAUUUCAGAAUCUGGAGACUCUUCGGGAUCAGGAGACUUGUCGGGAUCAGGAGACACAUCAGGAUCAGGAGACUCUUCAGGAUCGGGAGACUCGUCAGCAUCUGGAGAGUCUUCAGGAUCUGGUGACAUUUCGGGAUCCGGAGACUCUUCAGGAUCUGGAGACUCUUCGGGAUCUGGAGAUGUUUCUGGAUCAGGAGACGUUUCAGGAUCCGGAGACAUUUCGGGAUCCGGAGAUUUGUCAGGAUCAGGAGACGCUUCGGGAUCUGGAGACUCAUCAGGAUCUGGAGAAUCUUCGGGAUCGGGAGACUCAUCCGGAUCCGGAGAGUCUUCGGGAUCAGGAGACAUUUCAGGAUCUGGAGACUAUUCUGGAUCAGGAGACUUGUCAGGAUCUGGUGACAUUUCGGGAUCCGGAGACUCUUCGGGAUCCGGAGACACAUCUGGAUCGGGAGACUCGUCAGGAUCUGGAGAGUCUUCAGGAUCUGGUGACAUUUCAGGGUCAGGAGAAAUUUCGGGAUCAGGAGACUCAUCGGGAUCUGGAGACUCUUCAGGAUCAGAAGACACAUCAGGAUCAGGAGACAUUUCGGGAUCGGGAGACUCUUCGGGAUCCGGAGAAUCUUCGGGAUCGGGAGACUCAUCGGGAUCCGGAGACACAUCAGGAUCCGGAGACUCAUCAGGAUCAGGAGAAAUUUCGGGAUCUGGAGACUCUUCGGGAUCCGGAGACAUUUCAGGAUCAGGAGACACAUCCGGAUCGGGAGAGACAUCGGGGUCAGGAGAUGCUUCUGGAUCAGGAGACAUUUCGGGAUCCGGAGGCUCUUCAGGAUCAGGAGAUGCAUCAGGAUCUGGAGAGACAUCAGGAUCUGGAGACGUUUCAGGAUCCGGAGACGUUUCAGGAUCCGGAGACAUUUCGGGAUCCGGAGAUUCGUCGGGAUCAGGAGACGCUUCGGGAUCUGGAGACUCAUCAGGAUCCGGAGAAUCUUCGGGAUCAGGAGAAAUUUCGGGAUCUGGAGACUCUUCAGGAUCAGGAGACAUUUCGGGAUCCGGAGACUCAUCAGAAUCAGGAGAUGCUUCGGGAUCAGGAGACAUUUCAGGAUCUGGAGACAUUUCGGGAUCAGGAGACUUGUCGGGAUCCGGAGAGUCUUCGGGAUCGGGAGACUCAUCGGGAUCAGGAGACACAUCAGGAUCCGGAGACUCAUCAGGAUCCGGAGAAAUUUCGGGAUCUGGAGACUCUUCGGGAUCCGGAGACAUUUCAGGAUCAGGAGACACAUCCGGAUCGGGAGAGACAUCGGGAUCAGGAGAUGCUUCUGGAUCAGGAGACAUUUCGGGAUCCGGAGACUCUUCAGGAUCAGGAGAUGCGUCAGGAUCUGGAGAGACAUCAGGAUCUGGAGACGUUUCAGGAUCCGGAGACGUUUCAGGAUCCGGAGACAUUUCGGGAUCUGGAGAUUCGUCGGGAUCAGGAGACGCUUCGGGAUCUGGAGACUCAUCAGGAUCUGGAGACUCUUCGGGAUCAGGAGACUCAUCAGGAUCCGGAGAGUCUUCGGGAUCUGGAGACACGUCAGGAUCUGGAGACUCAUCAGGAUCUGGUGACAUGUCGGGGUCAGGAGACAAUUCGGGAUCAGGAGACAAUUCGGGAUCAGGAGAGACAUCGGGAUCUGGAGACUCUUCAGGAUCCGGAGACACAUCAGGGUCUGGUGACAAUUCGGGAUCGGGAGAGACAUCGGGAUCAGGAGAUGCUUCUGGAUCAGGAGACAUUUCGGGAUCCGGAGACUCUUCAGGAUCAGGAGACUCAUCGGGAUCUGGAGAUUCUUCGGGAUCCGGAGAUUCUUCGGGAUCUGGAGACAUUUCGGGAUCCGGAGACUCUUCGGGAUCUGGAGACUCUUCGGGAUCAGGAGACACAUCAGGAUCUGGUGACAAUUCGGGAUCGGGAGACUCUUCAGGAUCAGGAGACUCAUCGGGAUCUGGAGAUUCUUCGGGAUCCGGAGACAUUUCGGGAUCCGGAGACUCUUCGGGAUCAGGAGACACAUCAGGAUCUGGUGACAAUUCGGGAUCGGGAGACUCUUCAGGAUCAGGAGCCUCAUCGGGAUCUGGAGACAUGUCAGGAUCUGGAGACUCUUCGGGAUCAGGAGAUUCUUCGGGAUCAGGAGACACAUCAGGAUCUGGUGACAAUUCGGGAUCGGGAGAGACAUCGGGAUCAGGAGAGUCUUCAGGAUCCGGAGACAUUUCGGGAUCAGGAGACUCUUCGGGAUCAGGAGACGCUUCCGGAUCCGGAGACACGUCGGGUUCUGGAGACACGUCAGGAUCAGGAGAGACUUCGGGAUCAGGAGAGACGUCGGGAUCAGGAGACUCUUCGGGAUCAGGAGAAACUUCAGGAUCUGGGGAGACAACCUCCACCCCUGUACCAAUUUCCACCUCCAACCCCACCAUCAGCAUCAUUACUGGUGACUCUGCAACUGCUUCAUCGGGCUCCACCAGUCCCGUUUCCACCACUCCUGUUUCUACCACUCCUGUUUCCACCACUCCUGUUCCCAUCACUCCCACCCUCAUCCUUCCUACAACCACCUCCAGCACCACAAACUCAGGUCCAUGCCUCAACGGGGGCACGUGGGAUGGGAUCAAGUGCAAUUGUAGUGGUGCGUUCUAUGGGACUGCUUGCGAGUUCCCGGUCUGCCAGAACGGGGGCACCUGGAGCGCAGGGCUCUGCAUCUGCCCCGAGAACUUCCAGGGCUACGAGUGCGAGGAGGCCACGAGCAGCAUCGAGGUCAAGGACGUGCUGAUGGAUGCGACGGUGGAGAUGACGACCAAGAUUGAGAACCGGGAGUUCACGGAAGAUCUUCAGGACAAGUCCUCGGCAGCUUUCAAGGAGUUCAAGCAGGAGUUUGAGGAGCAGAUGAGUGACAUCUACAAGAAUAUCGAGGGCUACCAAGGUGUGGUGAUCCACGAAUUGACCCAGGGCAGCAUCGUGGUGAACUACACGGUCCUCCUGAAGGUCCUUGCCAGCACCAAGGCCAACGAGACACUGAAGACCAUCUCCAGUGACCUUGUCAGUGCCAUCAACGACUACACCAGCUGCAAUGAAAGCUGUACAGGAGACAACUGCUCUUUCUGCUUCAACCGUACGUUCACCAGCGUCACCAGCUACAAGACAGAAGAGGUUGAGACAAGCGUGUGUGGCAACCUCACCCUGGCGAGCUUCAGUUCCUUCUACUUCCCACUCCUCACGGACACCGGCGUUGUCUGCAUCACCAGAUGUGACAAGCGAGCCUCUGACCCCCUCCCCUGCGUCUAUGGCACCUGCAGGGUGCUCCAAGACGGACCAGAGUGCACGUGCUCGGACCGAUCGGCAUUCUGGUACCAGGACAAUGCCUGCAGCUCACGGGUCAGCAAGCUCGCGGUGGCCAUCGGGGUCCCGGUGACCGGGCUGGUCGUGGCCAUCGCCAUCUUCACCGUCUUCCUGGUGCGGGCUCGGAGGCAGAAUGAGGAGUACAGGGAAAAGUUGACAUCCCGCUCAGAGCUCUACAGCAGCGUGGACGAGAUCUGGAGCAGCCCACAGGGCUUCGCCACCAACAACCAAGGAAUCAUGCUGGAAGACCUGGAGACCCCCAGCACCACCCAGAUUUACCUGGAGAAUGUGGACACGUCGCAGAAGAUCCACAUCCAGAAGCCAUCUCAGAUCAUUAUCCCUUGAGAAGAACCCAAGAGCCGCCGCCAAGUGGGGGAACCACGAGGAUACCCCCCACCCUCCUCCCUUCAAAGUUCUGUCAAACCCCUUUUUGUAGUUGAAUAAACCACUCAUUUUAUUGUCA